AUGGCUUCUUUUAUUAAAACGGAUACAAAUAACAUAUUGUCAGAAAAUACAAAUAAUGAUAAUAAUGAAGAAAUUUUAACGUCAUCUGAUUUGGAAGAUAAUGAAGACUCAGCCUUUAAUCCUAAAACAGGAGAAAUAAAUUGGGAUUGUCCAUGUCUUGGAGGAAUGGCUCAUGGGCCAUGUGGAGAAGAAUUUAAAUCUGCGUUCUCAUGUUUUGUUUAUUCAAAAGAAGAACCUAAAGGCAUAGAAUGUAUAGAAAAAUUUCAAGUAAUGCAAAAUUGUUUUAAAAAAUAUCCAGAAAUUUAUAAUAAUGAAGAAAUUGAUGAUAGUGAUAAUAUAAAAAUCAGUAAUCAAAAUAACAAAGAUAACGAAGAUAAUGAAGUUAAUAAUAAUCACGACAAUAUAAAAAAUGAUACUCAAAAUAACACAAAUACUAACAACAAUACACAUAAUAAUUUAGAAUAA